GUUCCUGUCCCUUUAAGAAGCAGCGCAGGCAGGCAGCGUUGGCUUUUAUUCCACAGCGGCGCACCUUCUGCUCCAUCACCAGACGAUGCACCCGGAUAACUUCUUCUGUCUGACAGCGCUGCACUCCGGACCCGCAGCAAAGAUGGCAGGCUCUAAGCAACAAGGGUCAUCUUCGUAGGCAGAUGAUGGAUCCGGACUGAAAGCUGCACCAACCAUCAACUCCGCUGACCUGUCCAACGCUGUAGCCAUGGCGACUUGUUCGAGGGGCUGUGCGCCGGCCGUGCGCUUUUGUCAAAGACUGAACCGGCUCAAGACGCUCGACGGUGACAUGAUGGCGACUUCCCUGAAGCGCUGCCUCUCCACGCUGGACCUGACCCUGAUGGGCGUGGGGGGCAUGGUCGGCUCCGGGCUGUACGUCCUGACGGGAACGGUGGCCAAAGACACGGCCGGACCGGCCGUCAUCAUAUCCUUCAUUUUUGCAGGUAUCGCUUCUCUACUGGCUGCCUUCUGUUAUGCGGAGUUCGGAGCUCGCAUCCCUAAAACGGGAUCUGCGUAUAUGUUCACCUAUGUGUCUGUGGGAGAAGUGUGGGCCUUUCUCAUUGGCUGGAAUGUGAUUCUGGAAAACAUGAUCGGCGGCGCUGCCGUAGCGCGGGCCUGGAGCGGCUAUCUGGACUCGAUUUUUAACCACGCCAUCCAGAACUUCACGGAAACACACAUCAUGCAGUGGAACGUGCCCUUCCUCGCCCAUUACCCCGACCUCCUGGCCGCAGGAGUCCUGGUGGUCGCCUCUGUCUUCAUUUCCUUCGGAGUUCAAGUGUCCUCGUACCUGAACCACAUCUUCUCCACCAUCAGCAUGGUGGUCAUUGCUUUCAUCUUGGUCUUUGGCUUUGUGCUCGCCGAUCCUGCCAACUGGAGCCAGGAGCACGGCGGCUUCGCGCCUUACGGGAUGUCGGGGAUCCUGGCGGGCUCGGCCACGUGCUUCUACGCGUUCGUGGGCUUCGAUGUGAUUGCCUCCUCCAGCGAGGAAGCCAAAAAUCCUCAGAAGGCCGUCCCCAUCGCCACCGCUGUCUCUCUUGGGCUCGCGGCGGCAGCCUACAUCCUGGUGUCCUGCGUGCUCACGCUGAUGGUACCCUGGCGUACCCUGGACCCCAACUCAGCCCUGGCGGACGCCUUUUUCCGCCGCGGCUACAGUUGGGCGGGAAUCAUCGUGGCUGUGGGUUCCAUCUGUGCCAUGAACACUGUGCUCCUCUGCAAUCUCUUCUCCCUCCCUCGGAUUGUGUAUGCCAUGGCAGAGGACGGGUUGUUCUUCUCCGUUUUCGCCAGGGUCAACCCUGUCACCAAAGUUCCCGUCAACGCUAUUCUAGUGUUUGGAAUCCUCAUGUCCUGCAUGGCUUUGAUCUUUGACCUGGAGGCCUUGGUUCAGUUCCUGUCUAUCGGGACUCUCCUCGCCUACACCUUUGUGGCGGCGAGUGUUAUUGUGCUGCGCUUCCAGCCUGAGAAGGCCGGCUCCAAGGACACCGCGACCACGUCGCCCAACGCCAAUGCCGAGGUCUCCCCUGCUCCCUCGGAGUGCCAGACCACAGCUGAAGACAGCGAGGAGCCCAAGCAGUACGAGUCCUUCUCCGACAAACUCCAGCUGGUGGAGAGGCAGAAGACGAGAGAGCGGCGUGGGGUGGGGCUUCUCAGGGCCUACUGGGAACCCUGCCUGGACAGGCUGCUGGGGGACUGUGAACCGGGCGAAGUGGUGGCUUUCUGUGUGACCAUCCUGAUUGUGAGCUCAGUGUCCCUCUGUGCUGUACUGGAGUUUGGAAAUGAACAGCUACAGUUCCCGGUCUGGUGCUUCACGAUGCUCGUUGUGAUUUUUAGCUUAGCGUAUGUUAUCAGCCUGGCGCUUAUAUGGAUUCAUGAGCCACAAAGAGACGCCAAAACAUUCCAGGUACCUUUAGUUCCUCUGACUCCAGCUGCCAGCAUCCUCUUCAAUGUAUUCCUGAUGAUGAAGCUAAGCCUUCUCACCUGGAUUCGGUUUACAGUGUGGAUUGCUAUAGGUCUCCUUGUGUAUUUUGGCUAUGGGAUCUGGCACAGCAAAGAGGGACUGAAGGAGCUGCAGCCCAAAGACAUGGCCGCCCGCUAUGUGGUGCUACCCAGCGGCAGCCUGGUGGAGACGGUGCAGUCCGUUCAGCCCGACGGCCAAGUGGUCACCUCAGCGCCCCAACUCAGCCCUUCCGCCGCCCCGACAGCCGCCGAGGCUUCUGGGAAGAGAUAAUGUGGGACCCACUCUGAGUCAUCAUCACCACUGCCUGGUUUUAACUGUUGUCUCCCACGCAUCCUGUAUUGUUACGCCUAAUGUACUUUCUGUAUCUCUCUCCCUGUAGUGCUGCACAGUCUGUACUCAUUACUCUGCGAAGGUAUUUACGGGAUAGAAUGGAAAGGGCCUUUUUUCUGUUUUCUUUCUUCUUUUUUUUUUUUUUUUUUUUUGUAACUGCUGUAAGAAUCAGAUUCACGGUAAAUAUAUUUAUCACUGCCCCGAGGAAACAGCAAGCUCUUUUCUUGCAGCCUUGCCAGUUCUGUCCAAAUCCAUUUUCAUGCUGUGUUUUUGGUAUUAUUACUAAAGGACCUUUCUUUUUUCUGUUUUUGGGAGUUGGAGCUGAUCAUUUUUUGACAAUAUUUCAAAGCAACAAUUUAGUUUGGAUUUCAGGCAUUUUUAAGCAACAACAAGCCAUGGACCUCUCCUGGUGACUGCCACACUUACAAAAGAAUGAAGCCCAGUGGAAAUUUAUGGUCUGUGCUUCUAAACUGUGCUCUUAUUUUGUAAGGGUGCAGUUUUACGUCUCACAUUGUUAGAGCUGAGCACAAUUCACACACCCAUGGCUACGAACUACAAACUAGUUUGUGUAUAACUAGGAACAGCGUUUAUAAAACUUAAAUAUUAAGUAUUUUACUUUAGCUGUUUUUUUUUUGUUAUUUAUAACUGCAUAUUAGAUAAGCGACAUAGAAAUCAUUCAAGGUUUUUUGUUUUAACGUUAUUUAUUUAGUUUGGCACAGAAUUGCAUAGCUGAACCUUUAUUCUCCCAUUUUCCCCACAUACUGCACAGAUAUGUUUGAAUCCUUAUUAUUUGAUUAUUGUAUGCAAUCUUCAGACUUAUCUAAGUAUACAAGAAUAUCUUAUUAUUUUUAUCUUGAGCUAUAAAUUAUAAUGUCUAUUUAUUUUUCUAUAAAUACUACUCAUAUUUUUCAUGUUUAUUUAUUUGGAAGCGUUUCAAUACAUUUCUGUUUUUGACAUUUUUAUUCAUCCCAAUUCCUUCAUCACAUGUUUUCCCUACACUCGUGGCUUUAGUAGUCUUUAUAAGUAAUUUGUAUUCACUUUGAAAUUGCCUGAACAUGUCACUUUCUUCCCUAAGUUUCUAAAUCUCCUCCCAUGACCCUGUUGUCUUUUCUCCCCCUGAUCCCCUGCAUGUGAUCAGCCUUUUCCCCCCCAAUGCCUUUCUAGACUGCAGCCUUUUUUUAUUUCAAUUUGUGCAGCACUCGUUUAUCAAAAGCACAGAAAAACUGAAAUCCUGUCACUAUUCUAUUCACAUGAGCGCACGGACAAGCACAGAGUUGUUCGCGGCGAUCCUCUACGCAUAAAUAUUGCCAGGCAGGCAUAUUGUUAAACCUGGGAUCGGCCUCGUCUCUCCGAGGCCUCCGUAAUCCGUCAGAUUUGCAGCAGUCACUGUCACCGGUCAGUCGCCUGACCUAGAUAAGAAAAAGCCGUAGAUGUGAGAGAACCCCCCCGUAACAUGGAGAUGGCGUUCCCUUUAGUUUGCGCCUGUGAAUAUCAAUACGACGCCACGUGAAAUACGUGAUGCACCUAGAUAAAAGUAAAUUCUGUUGUUGCUGAUUUCACUUUGCUUUUGCAUGUUACAAUAGAUACCGAUGGCCUUAAACAUGUGACACAUCUUAUCUACAAAGCCGAUUCACCUGUUUAUUUAUUUCCCUUAUAGACGAAGAAUCUUAUCUAAUCAUCGUUCAUUCAACAAAAGAUCCCAAAUGUAGAUCGUAGAAAGCUUUUGGGCGUAAGAUUUGAAAGAAUUUUAUACAACUUUGCACAGAUUUGUCCCGUUGUUUUGUUUCAUAGCUAUGCUUUUGGUGUCAGGGUUGGUGACAUACCAUAUAUUUAUACUGUGGUGCUUUUUUUAAGCUGAUCAUUAUCACAACUCUGUCUCUCUGUCUCUCUGUUUUUUGUGCCAGGAUGCACAAAUGUCAGCGAUCAGACUUUUCUUACUUCUAAAUGUUAUCGUUCUCUGCUUUAGCACAUGAAAAUCUCAGAGCCCCUACGUUGUAAUGUUAGUUUGUGUAAAAUGCAAAAAAGACAACAAAAAAUAAAUGUUUUGAAGCAGCA